AUGUCUGCCCACCCUGUCACUUUCUCGCCUCCGCCUCGAAUCAGCUCCUGCUCUCGUGGGGCUGACUUACUCAGCAAUCUCACUUUCACGAGUCAUAACACAAGUUCGCGUUUGCCAGUCCUACAGGGGCCUGGCCCGGUUAGGCUGAGAUGUAGUUCGAUCUCUACACCUCGCACCUUGACGCCGUGCAUCGUCUAUCUCCGCAAUUUUCUGCCUGGCCAGUCAUGUAUAAAUGCUCCUCUCGUGGCCACUUGUGAAGCACUUUUGCUCUUCACUCCUCAGCGUCAUCUGCUUCCGCAACAUGCGACUAUUUCGCCCGUAUGUACUGCUCUUCAUUGUCCUUGCUGUCUGCUUGCUCAUCUCUACCAGUGA